CCACGACUCGCAGGACUCUCCCCAGCUUGGACGAGGAUGCUUCAUCUUAAGCUCCCCCGAACAUGACACCUCCUCAAUCAGCCACUUCUUCUUCAAAACCCCAGCGCCCGCGCUCUCCAAAGUUCCCACCCCACAACGCGCCCCGCGUCUGGUUCAUUACGACGGGCACCUCCCCUAUUGCAAUUGCACUCGCUCGUCAAGUACUCGAACAUGGCGACUAUGUUGUCGCUGGGGUGCUCCCUAUCGAGUUUGAGAAGCAUGAGGGGCGAAGCGAGGAGUUUCGGGCAUUUUUGGAAGACGUGAAGCGCACAGAGCGGUGGAGAGAAAGACUACGUGUUGUGGGACUGGACGGGAGGUCGGUUGGACAAUGCCAGGCCGCAAUUGCAGAAGCAAUCGAAGCAUUUGGAAGAGUAGACGUUCUCCUCGGUUGCACAAGCGAAGCGGUGGUCGGCACUGUUGAGGAGCUUGCCCAGUCCUCUCGUACCAUUAGUCUCGUCCAAGAGCAAUUUGAGACAAACUUCUUUGCGAACGUCAAUGUUAUCAAAGCCGUCCUACCGAACAUGCGACAAGUGCGGAACGGCCAUGUCAUUAUGUUGACUGGAAUCACUGCCCAUCUAGGCACACCAGGUCUUGGGAUGUACUGUUCAUCUCAGUGGGCUAUAGAGGGAUACUGCGAUAGUCUUGCAUACGAAAUCGCUCCUUUCAAUAUCAAGAUGUCAAUCGUUCAGCCGAAUAUGGAAGUCAACGUACUAACAAACCGAAUCACGUCCGUACCGCCUCUUCCACAGUACUCACCAGACGUCAAUCCAGCACCGCUCGCCCGCGAGAUCCUCUCCGGCAUCUUGGACAAGAUCGACUUGAGCAAUCACCCAUACCCCGAAAUGUCACCAGGGCAGGAAAAGUCCCCUUCCAGCACAGAUAUGGAUGUCCACAUGCCAUACACGGGUGAUCUUUUGAGUUCUCCGCAGAUUACAUCCCUGUAUCCGCCAUUGUCGCAGGCUUUUAAGAGUGCCUUGGUUGCUGAGACCGUGCACGCUCUCACAGCCAUCGGCGGCCAUGAUAACCCCCCCGCAAGGCAUAUUGUCGGAUCGGAGGGCGUUACCAGUGUAAAGGAGAAGCUGAAGACAGUGAGUGAGGAGUUGGAGGACUUCAUUGAAGUCAGCGGUGCGGUUGAUAUUCGAAAAGGGGAGGAUGCCGCUUUCUAAUUCGUCAUAAUAUCCUGGAUCAUCCCGAACAACGGCGAAAUAGGUUAUUCAGGGGCCUUUGAGACCUCUCCAAUUUGCGAUGGCUAGAACUUUACAUCUCAUCUAGAUUUCUAGUAAUGCCCUGAAGCGCCUCAGACAGUGACGAGCCUCGAGCAAGUGUGCACAGGCUUCUGUCCAGGUCCUACGUGAUUGACAAGUACGCCUGAGCACGUGACUAACGGCCCUGCAGCAGGUGUCUUAAUCGCGGCCUCAAAGAUGGCUGCCAGAACGGUGCGCUAGAAUGCUAAAUAUCUCCAUGAUAUCCCCAACGAGGCCCUCAUGCCGGGCGUUGGUUGCCGCUGUUCUCACAUCGAUGGG